CUGCUACUAGACACGGAAGCCCGUUAAGCGAAAGCUUCUUCUAUUCCAUCCACAACAACUUGAACAUUUGACCCAUUCUAAGAGUGGGUAGAUUAAGGCUUCCCAAGGUCAUGAGAAAGUCCUUUAAUCCGUUUGAUGAAGAUGAGCCCGGGGGUUUUUCUUCUUCCUCUAAACCACCAAGUUGGCCCUACGCAGGAACCACAUCAUCCGGACGAAGCGAAGUGCAAUGUCAAAUUUCAGAUAGUCAGUCAAGAACAAAAGCUAGCCAACAACGUGCAUUGUCCAGUAUAUAUAAUUCAGAACAAAUUGGUGUUGCAGCAGCCCAAGAACUUAUUGAACAAGGAGAAAAAUUAAAUCGUGCUGAACAGAAGCUUGAAGAAAUUAGUGAAUUGCAAAAAGAUAGUCAAAAGAAAAUUAAUACUUUAUCUAGUGUUUUCGGUGGAUUUAAAAACAUUUUUUCUCGAAGACAAUCACAACCUGUUCCUCAAAGCUCCUCGGUGGUGGACAAGACGUUGAAUAAUAGAAAUCAAAGUAAUCUGAGACAAUCAAUUCAGUGUGAAAAUUCAUGGGGCAAUCAGUACACAAGUACAUUGCAACAAAAAAUGAUUGAACCCAACAACACCUCGCAAUCUGCAGAUGUUGAGUUUGAGAACAAUUUAGCUCUAAUGGGCGAUGGCAUGUCUCGAUUAAAAAGUUUAGCUCAAGGUAUGCAUAAUGAAUUAAGAAGUCAAAAUGACCAACUUGAUCGAAUGGCGCCGCAAAUUCAUCGAGUCACUGAUACUAUGUCAAAUCAAAAUCGUCAAAUGAACAAACUUCUAGGAAUCCGACCAAAAUAAAAUAUUGCUUCUUGCUUUUCUGUGAUUUCACCUUUUACAAUUAAGAUAUGAAUGUAGUAGAUGAUGCACCGGUCUCGCUUGGGUAUUUCGUCCGAAGAAAUCUUUAUUUCUGUCUACGUUUGAUUUUUUUUGUCAGCUAUUCCCAACUGACUAUAUGUACACAAUUUGUUAUUUAGUUUAUUUUAAUUGAUUUAUUUUUUAAUAAAUUGCCAAUAUGCUCUUUUCUCAUUUAUAGUAGUAAGUUAGCUGGUGAACUAUAGGGAUUUCUGCUAAAUAGUUUCAGUAUGGUUAAGCGAUCUUUGUAAGAAAAAACAACUGUCCAUUCCAAUUUCGAUAAAAAUGUAGUAGAACAAAGCUGAUAGUUAUUAAAGCACUAAUGAACAAAAUCCCUUUGGGAACGUUGAAUAAUUUAAGGAUCAGAGUUGCCAAGGUUAAAACAAAUAAUAUCAAUUAGGGUGUAAUUAAUCAAAUAUGUUAUUAUGUAUUCAAACGAGAUGUGUUCUUUGAAUU